AUGCUUCCUGCAAUAAAAGAAGACACAUCUGCUAACAUCUCUGUUUUUAUUCCCAAAAAAAAGAAAACCCCCAAAGCCUCAAACGAAAAACCAAAGUAAUUUUUAUCCAGAAAACAAAUCAGAGAUUUCAUGGCAGGACAAAAAAUCAAAAUUCCCAAAAGCUUAAUAAACUAUCGAAAAAACAAACAAAGAGCCAGUUCAAUCAGCCCACCCAAAGAGUUCCCUACAAUAGAUACAGUCUAUGAAAGAAUUAGAGAUUUUUCAGAAUCCCCAAGAAAAUACAGUACUAACUCCCCUCAAUCUAUGAGGACAAAAUCCGAGUUUAGCUUAGACAAUAUUGACCUUUUAAGCUUUCGAAAUAUUAAACUUAUAAACAAUUCCGCAAAUUCAAUCGAAUUAAUUUCUCGACCGCAGUCACAAUCAAAAAGCUCAUCACCAUCAAAGCUUUCAAGGAGAAAUCAUUUUCGAUCAAACACGCCACUUCAGCCUUUUCAUGAUAGAAUUACUACCUUGAAAAGACUAUUAAUUCUCUAUAAAUAAAUUUAAUUUAUUUUUUUAAAAAAAAUAAAAAAAUAAAUAAAUAAAAAAUUUAUUAAUUCCUAAUUAUUCAUAA